AUGUGCGCGCUGCGAUCAACAAGCACUGUCGCACCAUCGCUGUCUCAGAAGUAUCAACAUGGGAGCUGCCGGGCUCAUGACGCUGGUGCUGUUGGUUGCGGCGCUCGUGUCCUGCGCGACCGCUUUGCCGGCGGCUGUUGGAGCUCCAGGUGUGAGCAGGGAGUCACUGACCCCAGCAGAGAGUUUCGGCUUCGGCUGGGGGCUCUGGGGCUGGCCUGGUUAUUAUGGACUCGGGUAUCCUUUCUGGGGCUGAAGAGCACAUCCGCAUAUGUCAGGUUUGAGAAGAUGGCGACGCCUGCUUUGGAAUUCGAAAAAAGCAGUUUCAAGAACGCAAAAUUGUAUUUUAAAACACUGAAUAAAAUAAACUUUUGAAAAUA